UGCUGACUUGCAGGAUAGAUGCUGACCCAGAGACGACUGCUGCCAAACUCCGCCCGUAAGGACAUCUUUCCCAGAGUUAUUCAAGACCCUGAGCUAGAGUGUCUGUGGCAUCUCUGGGACCUGGCCUGCUUGGAGUGAGAACGCACUAUGUCUAAAGGGACAGUUGCUGGGAAAAGAAGUAAAAAGAAACCUCAAGUAAGAAUCUGUGUCACUCAUUCUCUAUCUGAUGGACAUAAUGUGAGUAACUCUGACAAUCUGAAGAGCCAAACUUCAUUCGGGACUGCAUGUACUGAUGAAGACUUGCUUGCUGAGAGCUUUGAAAAUGGAGUUCUUUAUCUCAAUCCUCAAACACCAGACUGGUCUCUUGUGGAGAGGUUUGCUGAGCUUUCAUCAGAGGAAGAGGUAGAAGUCCCCAUGAAGCAAGUCCACAGUGGAUCCAUGUCACCAUGUUCAAUACAUACUGUGACCAAAGGAGGACUCAGAAAAAGCCCCUCAGCAAAUAAUUCACCUAAAAAACGUAAAGAUGAAAAAGUCCCACGACUUUUGGCUGCCAUGAAAAGACGGAGUCCAUUGAACAUUGAGGAGCGUCCCUUCAAAUGCACUCGCUGCCACUGGGCUUUCAAAAAGUUCUGCAACCUCCAGAGCCACUUACAAACUCACUCUGGCCUUAAGCCACAUGUGUGUGACAUAUGUGGAAAGGCUUACUCACAUCAGGGUACGCUGCAGCAGCACAAGCGUUUGCACACUGGGGAAAGACCAUACGGCUGUCCCUUCUGUGACAAAACGUACAUCUGGUCCUCGGAUUACCGCAAGCACAUCCGCACACACACGGGCGAGAAACCGUACAUCUGUGAAACCUGCGGAAAGGAUUUUAUCCGCUCCUCUGAUCUGCGAAAGCACGAGCGGAACAUGCACACCAACAACAAGCCUUUCCCAUGCACACACUGUGGCAAGACCUUCAACAAACCUCUCUCCCUGAAACGCCACGAGAGGAAGCAUCUCGGGGAAAGACCCUUCUCCUGUCCCGACUGUGGGAAAACCUUCGCUCUGGCCAGCCGCAUGGUGGAGCACCAGAAAAUCCACAUGGGAGUACGUCCGUUUGUUUGCUCCGUGUGCUCCAAGUGUUUCACGAAAUCCUCCAACCUGACAGAGCACAAAGCCAUCCACAGCGGAGUCCGGCCUCACAAGUGUGGGGAGUGCGGUGUGGCAUUUGCCAUGGCUUCCCGCCUGGUACGCCACCAAUUCAUUCACAACAACCAGAAGCCACACAGCUGCACCGGCUGCAGCAAGAACUUCAGCCAGGUCACACAGCUGAAGCUCCACCAGGAGCAAGCGUGCGCUGGGAGGAUCUUUGUCUGCGUAGAGUGCUACAAAUCUUUCCAGUGUGCCGCAAAACUUGAACAGCAUGUGAUGGAACACAAAGAGGAAAAACUGUGACCCUGAUUGACAGACGCUGUUAUUUGUGUUGACCCCUGGGUCAGAAACGUUGCUAGAUGUUGGCUGACCUCAGAUUGGCAUCGUAAGAUUGAAAUGUUUUUAAAGGUUAGUGCUAUGCAGACAGUGGAUGGAACACAGCUUCUUUUCGUUUUGCCUUCUUCCUUUAAAUUAAAGAUAACUCUAGUCACUAUAACAAGACAUUUUUGAAAUGAUAGCUGAAUUUAUAAUUUAGAAUAAACUGCUAAUAUUACAUUUAUUAUGCAGAAAGGAAACCAAUCUGGGAGCAAAAGCCACUACUGGACCAUCAAUUAGUCUUUUUUUAUUGCUGUGGAGGAAUUCAAGGCCUUUUUUGUUUUUUCUUCACAUAGAUUUGUGUCUCUGCCAGUAAUGUCUCACAGCAUAAUUCCUGUUUUUAUGGAGUAUUUUCACUGCCAUCAAGGGACUGGUGAAGAGUUCAGCAUCUGAAGCUGAUUAGAAACUAGACUUUGACAGGAUCCUUCCUUUUUUUGUUAUUUUACUGAGUAAUUUAUAGAGUGUUUGCAAGUGGCCAUUGGUAAUAUUGUAUGGUUUUUAUAACCAAAGUGUGAUUGUAACUCAAGGUCAUUAUCUGACGGCCAAAUGUAUUCUUCAGUAAAAAGAGGAAUAGAAUAGA